GAGUGAAUCAGGUCUCAGAUCAACAUCUGGAGGGUAAAGGUGGAGCCGGAGGGCUGGUUAAUGUGGUUCCCACAGCCAGACUCACUGGAUCCCAGCAGUAAUGCAGGCAGUCCUGCUGGAGAAGAGAGCAGAGAAGAGGCACGAUGUGAAUAUUUCCCAGCAUCCUCUGUGAGCGAGGGAUCAGCCAGCGCUGUGUCCAUGCAGACGGCAGCAGAUCACACAUUCACACAAACAGCAGGCCAGUUUUAUGUGAUGAUGACUCCAUCAGAUGCUCUUCAUUCUGCCUCUCAGCGGACUUUAGCACCACGCACACACACAUACACAGUAGAUGAACACAACACAUAUCAGCAUGAAGGUUUUAACUGGAAAGCAGACAGUCCACACACCCCUCGAGACGAGAGGAGAAGAGCACAGCACAAUGAAGUGGAAAGGCGACGGCGAGACAAAAUCAACAACUGGAUUGAGACGCUCUCAAAAAUCAUCCCAGACUCCAGCUUUGAAGGCACAAAGACUGGAGCCAGUAAAGGUGGGAUUUUAUCAAAAGCGUGCGACUAUAUUGUUGAGCUGAAGCAGCAGAAGCAGAGGCUGCAGGAGAGUCUGAGGUCAGUGGAGAGACUGAAGAUGGACAAUGAGCUGCUCACAAAACAGGUAGAGGAGCUGAGAAGUGAAAAUGCCCUCCUCGGAGCUCUGCUGGAGCAUCACAGCAUCGACACGAUCACAGACACUUCAGCACCAUGAGAAGAGAGACGAAAAACCCCUCAGAGAAAUAAUAACAUGAGACUGAAGUGGCAAAACAACACAUACAAGUCAAGAGUCUCUCAGAGCUGCAGAUCAGGCGAAGAGUCAAGACUGUUCCAUUAAAGGGACAGUUCACAUAAAACAUGUAAGUUUCUGUUCAUUUACUCACUCUCAGGACAUACAAGCAAUGUUUAUUUUCAGUAAACUGUGGUCCUUGAUGAUGAUAUAAAGCAAGUUAAUAGCUAGUGACACUUUCUGAGUGAAAAAAAGCACAUACAGGCGUAAGAAUUAAUACCCAUGGAAAGUCAUUGAGGGUUUAUGAAGAGAAACAUAUUGGGCCCUAACAUACACCCUGCGCAAUAAGGCACAAGGCGUGUUUGGUGCGAUUUUUUGCUAUUUUCAGACCUGCGCAACACUAAUUUUCACAUUUUGUGCUAUGUUGUAUAAAUAGCAAAUCCAUUAUACGCCACUUUGUGGACUCAAUGGUGUACUGGCGUAAAAAGGAGGUGUGUUAAGGCGCAUUGUUGGCACGUUGCUAUUUUGA